AUGAAUCGAUGGAACAACGGAAUGAACGUCCGCCCCCAGCAUGCCCGGGUUUUGAUUGCGACAGGGUUGGCCACAUCAGUAUCAAGGAGCAUGGAGGGGGCAAGGCUGGACCGCAACGAAUCUUCCAAGAGCUGCAAGAGGAGAAGCGUGAGUCUCAGUGGCAAAUUCAUCAAAGCCAAGUCGAAUCUUCAGCAACUGGAGCUUCAGGAGGAGACGGAUUUCAAGACCCGGCAGAAAAGGAUGGUGGGGCGUGUGCUAAAGAGCACUUAUGUCUCCAACUUCAUGGUGGCCCUGGUUCUCUUUGAUGCUUACUGCACCUGUGCUGACAUCGACUCUCGUGCCGUCGGCAAAGCAACUCCUAAGGAGUUUGCUAUCUUUUCGGAUCUUUGCUUGGUCAUGUACACCAUCGAGCUCUUCCUGAAUAUGGCCGUCAAAGGACGGGAAAUCUUCAUGGAUUGGACUAUGAUUCUGGAUGUGGUGAUUAUUAUGUGCGGCUAUGGGGAAUUUCUGCUGACCCUUUUUGCCGACAACGAUUUGGUCCUGAGCAUGGGCAUGUUUCGUGCCUUCCGCCUAGCACGCAUUGUGCGUUUAAUGCGGCUCUUGCGAAAGACGCGCGCGCUGCGUGAACUGCAAAAGCUCGUGACGAUGAUGGCCACCUGUUUGAAAGCUUUGGUGUGGUCGUCUGUAUUUUGCUUCUUCAUAAUGAGUGUGUGGGCCAUGUUCAUGGUUGAGGUGGUGCAUCCAAUCAUCAGCGAACCUGGACUGUUUGAUGAUUGUGUUCAGUGCCAAACCGCCGCUGGAUCUGUAAUGAAUGCCAACUUGCUCCUCUUCAAGACUGUCAUCGCUGGGGACAGCUGGGGGCUCAUUGCUGUGCCGGUGAUCCAAGCGUACCCGGCCACAGCCUUUAUCUUUAUUGGGUCUCAAGUCACCCUGGUCUUUGGCGUGCUGAAUCUCAUUGUGGCAGUUGUUGUUGACACAUUUGCAGAGGCGCGGCAACGGGACAUCUUGAAUCUGGCGGAGGAAUUGGAAUACGAUUUCGAAAAGGACCGGAAGUUUUUGCAGAAAGUCUUUGACCGAAAAAGGGACACGUUGCUUGAUGUCGCUCGUCGUUCCAGGCGCAUUGCUUGUUUGCCUGUGAGUGCUCGCCUCAAAGGUCGCUUGGCAGCCACCGUGUUGGGGCCCAAAGCAGUGUGGGGCCAUGUGAUCAACGGUCGCUGCCCGACCCAGAAGGAUAUUGCCUGCUUCUUCCGCCACUACAAGGCGGCGACAAGUGACAACCGGUUUGUCAAAGGGCGCUCGUCCAUGGACCUCAAGCGGGCUUUCUUCUUUGGUCACACUUGCGACCUGGCCUUCUAUGGGGCCCUCCGCACCAUCAGUUCGGGUUUUGCCUGGGCACGUCACUGUGCCAGCUUGGGCGAGAACUGUCGCUGGAGCCAGUCUACGGUGUUUUGCCUCAAUAGCAUCCUGCAAGACUUGGGUUGGUGUGCUCAUAGCAAUGCUGUCGGCCAGAGCGGGGAUGUCCCUUGCAUUCAUUUUGGGGCAGUGAAGGCUGAAGUUGACAAAUGCCUCCAUCACAUUCGAGGUUCCAAACUGUCUCACUUGAUUUUGAGAGACUGCAUCAAGGGGUCGCUCCUGUUCAGCAGUGUCCGUAUUGUUUGCAGAUCUCUUGGUGCAGAUGGGCACAUCCGGGCAGCUGAAGCUGCUCGUCGUUUGGCACCUGCGGGUGCUGGCUGUGAUCCUUUUGCUCCUCUUGGCAUGGCCGUCAUCUUGGCACCUGUGCUUCGCCAACUGCAAGCUCUUCACCCAGACAUCUUCACGGUCACGUACAUUGACGACAGGACUUGUUUGUGCCCGACUGUUGCUGAUCUUGAUGUGGUCAACAACGUUUGGUCUACCAUGGAGUCCUUUUUGCGGCUCCGCACGAAUGAGGAGAAGAGUCAAAUCUGGGCUCGCUCUCCUGAGGCUUUGGCAAAGCUGGAUAACACCCACUAUAGCUCCAAUGCCAGCUUCACCAUGCAGGUCCUUGGGGCUACGCUUGGUCCAGAGGAACGUGCUCUCUCAGACCGUGAAAGGGACACGUUGCUUGAUGUCGCUCGUCGUUCCAGGCGCAUUGCUUGUUUGCCUGUGAGUGCUCGCCUCAAAGGUCGCUUGGCAGCCACCGUGUUGGGGCCCAAAGCAGUGUGGGGCCAUGUGAUAAACGGUCGCUGCCCGACCCAGAAGGAUAUUGCCUGCUUCUUCCGCCACUACAAGGCGGCGACAAGUGACAACCGGUUUGUCAAAGGGCGCUCGUCCAUGGACCUCAAGCGGGCUUUCUUCUUUGGUCACACUUGCGACCUGGCCUUCUAUGGGGCCCUCCGCACCAUCAGUUCGGGUUUUGCCUGGGCACGUCACUGUGCCAGCUUGGGCGAGAACUGUCGCUGGAGCCAGUCUACGGUGUUUUGCCUCAAUAGCAUCCUGCAAGACUUGGGUUGGUGUGCUCAUAGCAAUGCUGUCGGCCAGAGCGGGGAUGUCCCUUGCAUUCAUUUUGGGGCAGUGAAGGCUGAAGUUGACAAAUGCCUCCAUCACAUUCGAGACGCUUGGCGUUUGAAAAAAGUGCGUCAGUGGUUGUCGCACCGCACCAGGAUUGAUAGUGGGAUAGGAUUGGUUGGAGCAGCUCCCAUCAAGCUGAAGCGUGGCUUCCUUGGGCUGCUAUGCACUGUGUUCUGCUGCUUGCGGCGGGGCAUGGGCAGCAUGCGGCGCGCGACUACACAAGUCUUUGACCGAAUGGACGCAGAUGGUUCUGGCCUUGUCACCUUUGAGGAGCUGGUGGAAGGGGCGCGACGCGACCCGGAGUUUCAGUCCCGCUUGCGGGUGAUGGACAUAGAUGAGGCAGAUUUGCAGCAGCUCUUCGAGAUGAUUGACAUUCACGAGCAAGGCUACAUCAAUGCCACGGAGUUCAUCGCACCUUUGAGCCGUUGGGUCCACGACUCCAAGACGGCCCCCCGUUUCAUCAAGUACAACUUACAGCGAACGAUGAAUCAGCAGGAAGAACUCUUUGUUUUCUGUCAGGACUGUUUCAACUCGAUUUCAGAUCGUAUCGAGGAGUUGUCGGACAGGAUCGAAGGUGGUGGUAACUUGGAGCAGCUGCAACAGAACUUGGCAGCCGCCGCAGAGAGUAGAGGCUCUGAUUUUGAGAAUUUGGAGCAUCAAAAGUCCGAUCAAUCCUGUCAAUCCAGAAGUUCGAUAGGUUCUUUGGCUUCGGAUGGUUCCAAGUUAGAUUUGAGGACGGAGGCUGACUCCCUAGCUGAGGGAGUUGAACAACCGCAUUUGUCCAAGAAGGUCAAAGUGACCUCGCUCCAUGCGGUCGAUGAACUCACUGCUGCCAUGGACAGCUUGGAACGCUAUGUGCUGACGGCCACAGAGGGCGCAUUGAAGAAAUCCAUGGCGAUCAUGGGCACCACGCUGCGGCUGCGCCUGGCCUCGAGCGGCUACGAGCCGCGUGAACAUCACGUUUCUGAGUGCGGCGAGAGGCGCGAGCGCGACGGCCGCGACGGCGAAGGUCGAAGACAUCGGAAAGGCCACGAGCUGCGGCGGCGCGAGAAGCCGGCCAAAGGAGGAGGGUUUCUUGGAUCCAAGGAGGAGGGUUUCUCUGGGAUUCACAGUUCCUCGAGCAGCUGGGCGUUGGGGAAGACCUUCUCCGUCAACAGUACGACCUUUGGCAAGGAGCGCUGUGCGCGGCUGCCCGCCGGCACCUUCGCGGCGCCCAAGGGCCUGCUUCCGACCGACUCGGAGGAGAUGAAGGACCCUUUGUCCCAUCAUGUGAGUUUCGAGCAAAAAAAGGUGGUCGCUAAGAUGAUGCGAGCAGAACAUGCGGACCCGCAGCUGACGCGCAGCUGA